AUGUCUGAAAAGGUCAUUUUGAUCGUUGAAGAGGCCUUGGGAAUUCAGGUGUCUGCCGAGGCCCAAGUGUUUUGUUCCUCGAUAGAGGUCUUUAGGUCGGCAGUUGAUAUUGAUGUGACGCUCUUGUCCAGUCGUUUUACAAAAACAGAACGUUUCGCCAGCAAGAAAGGAUAUAUGUUGAACCGUCUCUCCGAGUGCCUUCAGAGGAUGAUGUGGAGCUGCCACCACUGGCUUGUGGACUCCCACUACGCUGCUGACUUCCAGCAGUCUCGCAGACUGACGAAAGAGGUAAAGAUCCUGCCAGGGGACCACUUAACUGUAGAAUGUGACUAUGACAGCAGUGGGCAAGACAGUGGGACCUUCACAGGGUGGAAAGCCAGAGACGAGAUGUGUCAAGCCUUCAUCUAUUACUACCCUCGUGUCAACAUGUCUCUAUGUCGCUCCUCCCCCCACCCAGGCCUCCUCCAGGACACCUUUGGCAUUGGCAACUUCUCAAAGGACCUGAAACUGGACACUUUCGAGUUUAUACCCUAAAUGGUUGGUGUUGGGCACAAGUACCAG